UGAGGAGCGCAUGAGAGAAGGGCUUGUGGAUGAGGGGGAGAACGCGGAGGACAACGAGGAGGGCAAUGCGGAGGGGAUUGAGGAGGGAAGUGAGGAGGGAGAUGAGGAGGGAGAUGAGGAGGGUGCGGAGGAAGGGGUGGUGGACGAGGAGGGGAAUGCUCAAGGUGCGGGACACGGGGGCGGGGAGGAAGAGGAAGAGGAAGCGGAGGGAGCAGGGAAGCAAGAGGAGGGCGAGGGGGACGGGGAGGAAGGGUGGGAUGAAGGAGUGAAUGAGAGGAGGAGGGAUGCGCACAGGAUGGUGGGAGACGGGUUUGGGCAAAGAUGCAUAGGCACGAGCGCUGGUGAUGGUGGCGGUGGCGGUGCUGGUGAUGAUGGUGAUGCUGAUGGUGAUGGUGAUGCUGAUGCUGAUGCUGAUGGUGAUGCUGAUGGUGAUGCUGAUGCUGAUGGUGAUGGUGGUAUUGGCCCGCAUAAAAUGGGUCAGCACAGGCUGGGCUUGAGGCAGGGGCUGGGUCGAGGGAAGGGGCUGCGUUUUAGUCAAACCAGUUUCCGUGAUACAGGCGAGGGUGGUGGUGAGGGGGACGUGGGGCUGGGCGUGGGGGUAGCUGAGGCAGGAGAGUGUGCUGCUGCUGCUGCUGCUGCUGCUAGUGCUGGUGCUGCUGGUGCUGGUGCUGCUGGUGCUGGUGCUGCUGCUGGUGCUAGUGCUGCUGCAGCCGGGCCGGCUAUGACUGGCGGGGCUAUGGCUGCGGACGGAGUCGCCAGUGCUGAUGAGAGUGAGGGAGAAGGGGUGUUGGAAGAAUUUGGUUCAGGAAGCGGGGGUUUGCAAGGAGUGGGAUUGGCGGUGGAGCGUGGAGGAGUAGGGAGUGAGAGACAACGGCCGUCCAUGGAGGGAAGCCAAGUGGGGGCAGCCAAGGAGGCGGGAGAGCAGCAGCAGCAACAGCAGCAGCAGCAGCAGCAGCAGCAGCAGGAAGAGGAGGUGCAGCAGGAGGAGCAGGAGGAGCAGAGGCAGGAGCAGGAGCAGUUUGGGAAGGCAUCUGAGGCAGGCAGAGAACAGCAAGAUGGAACACGCUUGGCUGCCGUCUCAGAUGCUGGCGCUGCUGGUGGUCAUGCUGCUGCUGAUGCUGGUGCUGGUGCUGGUGCUGGUGUUGAUGCUGGUGCUGGUGCUGGUAGGGCUGGAGCAGGGGAGCAGAGCAGAGGUCGCAUUGACAGACGAUUUGGCCGUGCACAGAAGAAGAGCGAUCAAAGUGUGCCUUCAAGCACGGACAGGGGGGGCAGGGAGCGUAGGGAGGAGGGUGAGGGUGGUGAGCGACGGCAGAUGAGGGAGAGUGAGGAGUAUGGCCAGAGGGGGGAGGGAGAACAGGGAGGGAAGAGUGAGGAGGAAAGACAUGGUGAAGGGGCAGGGGAGGGUGAGAACGCCGGAAAGGGAAGAGGCAGGAGUGUUUGUGGGCGUGGUACGGUUGAGGAUGGGAAGGAAGAGGCGGACGAGGAGAGGGGCGAAGCGGAAAGGGAGGGAGAGGAAGGAGGGAUGGCGAAGGAGACAGAGAGCAAAGAAGAGUGGGGCCAAUCAGGGGUAGACACGUGGCAGAGAGUAGAAGAGGAAGAGGUGAUACGUGUGGGGAUGGGAGGCACGGGAGAAGGACAAGGGGGCACAGAGUCAGAGGGAGAAGCGAGCGUGGGAAAGGAGGUGGGCAGGGGAAGGAGAGGGCGGAGGAGGGGGGGAGGGGUAAGAAUGAGAGGACGAGGAGGGAGGCAAAGGGGGGGUUUUCUGCAGGGGCCAGGUGGACGCCGCAUGUCCUUCAUGCGCAGCCCUCACGCUCACACAGGCCGCUUCUUCGCUCGUGCUCUUGCCCACUCACCUCCUGCCGCUGCUGCACUCACGCGCGCACACACGCAAACAUGGAAACAGACGCAGCAGCUGCAGCAGCAGCAGGAUAAGGGGGUUUGUGCUGCAGCUGGUCCUGUUGAUUCAACCCCAACAGCAGCAGCACCCAGCAGUGUGCGCCUCCACACCAAGCCUACGGCUGAUGGGCUGACCUCAGCUCCCUUCACGCGAGUAAGGGGGAGGGGACGGAGGGCGUGGGGCAGAGGGGUGGAGAUAGGAGCAGAGGAGAGCAGUCUGAGAAGGGAAGGAGGAGGGCAGGAGGCAGAGGCAGAUGGUGUGCGGGCUGAGGAGGGGGGUGUGAGAAGGAGGGGGAGGCGGAGGAGGAGCGGGAGGGUUAAGGAUGAAGAGUACUGCUGGGACACGGCUGAGGGCAAUGCGGAAGAGGAGGAGGAGGAUGAGGGGGAGGAGAAGGAGGAAAUGUGGGUGGUGGACGAGGAGGUAGACGAGGAGGAAGAGGAGGAAGAGUAUGAGGAGGAAGAGUAUGAGGAGGAUGAGUAUGAGGAGGCAGAUAACGAGGAGGAAGAGGAGGAAGCUGAGGAGGAAGAGGGAGGAGUGGGUAGUUUUGGCUUAGGCAAUGGCGGUGGGGAUGGGGACCGAAGAGCCUAUGAGCGCCGAGGGAUGGAUGCAGGUGAAGGCGAGAGGGCAGGUGAUGGGAUGGGAGGGGGCGAGGGGAGGGAGGGAGACAUGCAGCGUGAUCUGAGGCACAGGAGUCGGGAGCAGAGGGGACGGUAUGGAUGUGCCGAGACAUACCCACAUGGAAGGGUGGGAGGAGGCCUGGGUGCUGCAGGGGUGGCUGCAGAGAGUGGUGGAGGGCGAGGAGGAGAGCGAAUACGCGAGAGGGAUGUGGUUCGGCAGGUUCGGCGGGACAUGGCUCAAUUGGAGGCUCGGAUACCAUGGCUGGGCGUCAGGUCUGGGUGGAGGAACCGGAGAGCGGCGUGGCGGAGGGCCGUGAAGGACAGCUGCAACGCCCUGGACUUGCUGCAUCGCCUGCACGAGUUCCGCGCCUACCUCCUCCUGCGCGAUGCUGCUCUGCUCUCCGACCACCAGUGGGCCCUCCGCAUCACCACCGCCACUGCUGCUGCCGCUCGUAGCUCUUCUGCUCCAACUACUGCUGCUGCCGCUGCUGCUUCUGCUGCUGCUUAUGCUGCUGCUCCUGCUGCUGCUGCUAUGGGCGGAAGUUCUGCUGGCAGCGGUGGUGCCACCUCUGCCGCUGCUGGGGGCACCGACUCUGAUGGUGCUGACGUGGCAGGGGUGCAUGGUGCCAGCUGUCACAGCACUCUGCUGGAGCUGUGGACGUGUCUGCAGGAUGACGUCAGCAAGUGGCUUGAGGCGCGGCCCAAGGAGGCGGUUGGGAACGCCAGUGGCUGCACUGGCAUCAUUCGCCUCCCACCCCAACUCCAAGCGACACACACAACCAGCAGCAGCAUCGCCAGCCAACCCUGUAUCACACACCUCCCUCACAUCCCCAUCGCCCUCCUCCCCUUCUCCCGACUCCUUUUCCGCCCUCCCCCCCACCACCCCCCUGUGGAAGCGCUAUUUCCCUGGGUGGCUGAUUUGAAGCACGUGCUGCCCGCGCCCUCUCUCACCGCUGCUGUGGCCGUGGCGGCUUCAGAGGCAGCAGCCGCUGUCAAGGGCGAUGAGAGCAAGGUACAGGCCCUGCAGAGCCUUUCCCUGCGCCUCAUCCUCUCGCACAGCCCAGCUGAGCUGGCAGCAAUCCGAGCAGCUCUUGAGAGGGAGCGCCGCCACGUCAGCGCUCUCCUAGCUGACAUGGAUCAGCCAGCCUAUGUGAUAACUGCUUCCGCCAAUGCAGCUGCUGGGGCUGUUGCUGCUGGUACUGCUGCUGCUGGUGCUGCUGCUGCUGGUGCUGCUGCUGCUGGUGCUGCUGCUGCUGGUGCUGCUGCUGCUGGUGCUGCUGCUGGUGCUGCUGCUGCAGCUUCAGCUGAUACUAACCAUUUCACAGCUACUGCUGCCGUUGUUUCGCAUGGUAUUGCUCCUGCCGCCCCUGCUGCUAAUACUGCUCCUGCUGAUUUUGUCGCUGCUGCUGCCACUCCCGCUUUGCAGCCCGGAUUGACCACCGACACUUUGAUUCGGCCACCAACGCCCCCCACCCCUCCGCACCCGAAACCGCCAGGUAUGGUGAGAGGGGGUAGGCGGUCAGGGGCCAGGGCUGCUCCUGGUGCUGGUGGUGGUGGUGCUGCUGCCGCUGGUGGCGCUGGCGGUGGUGGUGGUGGCGCUGGUGGUGCUCCUGCAACAGUAUCUCCAGCUGUUGGUGAUGCCAGGAUGGCAGCAGCAGGAGCACCAGCAACACGAGACGCUGAGCGAUUGAGAAAGAGGCCACACCCAUCCCGUUCUGUGGAGGAACUCAGGGACGAAUCCGUGCAGCAGCAGCAGCAGCAGCAGCAGCAGCAGCAGCAGCAGCAGCAGCAGCAGCAAGGGGAAGAUGGGCGCAGAGGACGCUCGAAAAGGCGAAGAGGAGCUUCUGUGCGUGUUGGUAGAGAGGGGGCGGGUGAGGGACAUGCAGGUGCCACGUGGGAAACAGAGUGUGAGACGGUGGCACGUGCAGCAAUGCAGGCAGGCGCGAAGGAAAGGGAGCUUCCAGGUGGGGGUGAAGCAGAGGGUGGUGCCAGUGUGGGGGCAGACGAGGGCGUGGGGGCAGAGAGAGCAGCGGCGGGAAGGAGGUCUGUUGCGAAAGGAGCAGGAAGAGGAGCAGCAGGAGUGGCAAGAGCAGCAGGAGCAUCGGGUUCAGGUAGAGGAGUGCAAUCCACAAGAGCAAGGGCGCCAGCAGCAGCAGCAGCAGUGGUGGCAAGAAGCCGGGGAAUGAGGGCGAUGAGAGGGAUGGGGCAGAGACAAGCGGCGGCCGUGUGGGGAAGCAGAGGGAGAAGGCUGGUGGGUGGUGUGGGCGUGGGAGUGGGGCGAUGUGGAAGGGGUGGAAGAAGGAGUAGAGUGGGGCGAGGUGUUGGAGUAGGUGUGGGGGGAGAGGCAGCAGUAAUGGCAGACACGGGAGCGGGAAAGGCAGGACUGGUGGGAAGUGAGGGGGGUUUGGGGGAGAGUGCGGGGCUGCAGGGAGUGAGUGGCGCAGGGGAGGAGGAGGGUGCGGGCAUAGCUAGGGUAGGGCGGAAGAGGAGGAGAGGGAUGUCUAUUGGCGAGACGGGGAAUGCAGUGAUGCGAGCAGCACCAACAGGAUCAGCACCAACAGGAGCAGCAGCAACAGCAGCAGCAGCAGUGGGGGGGAAAUCCGUGCCGCAACGAUUACAAGCAACUUCAGCAGAUUCUCUUACUGACCCUGCCACAGCCCCUCCCUACAGCCACCAUGGUACCACCUCCAUACAAGCACAUCCCCGCCCCCUCUCCACACGCACGCUCCGCUCCUCCUCUUAUCCUGUGCCAACAGAGCCAGGUUCGGAUGACGAGUCCUCGGAAGACCUUGGGGAUCCGAGCGUGGGGUCGCCAGGCAGCUCGGGGGGGCUGCCUCGGAUCCUGUCUCUGGGGGGGCUGGAGGGGAUGGAGGGGAUGGGGUUUGAGGGGUUCGACGGGGAGAUAGACCUGGAGGACAUGGGGGAGCUGGACGAUGCUGGCCUGGGGUUUGACUGAUGGGGCUGGGCUGGGCUGGGGUGUCUCCACGUGCAGUUGAGUCGACUCAGAACACACCAAGCAGCUUGUGGGGCUGCCUCGGGUGCUGUCCCCGGAGGGCCUGGGGUCCUGGGGAUGGAGGGGAUGGAGGGGAUGGGGUCUGAGGGGUUUGAUGGGGAGGUUGAUCCGAAUGACAUGGGGGAGUUGGAUUGGAUGAUGGGGGGCUUGGGUUUGAGUGAUGCUUCAGGGUUUGGGUUUGGGGUGAUGCUUUGGGGUUGGGCUUGAGUGGUCAAUGGUCAUGCAGGGUUCUGCUUUGGGUGAUGAUGGGGGUUGAAUUUGGAGUUCUGUCUGUAUCCUUCACUGGGGUGUGCAGGUAAGAGUGCGUGCCCAUUUUUAGCUGUUCUUUUGCGGGGGUAGUAAGAGCCUUGCACAUUGAAAUGUUUGGCUUAGUCUGCACUAGUCAGUUUAGGACCAUAUGGUGGCCAGAAGAGCAGAGUACUGCUCAUUUCGUAUUCAUUCUGCUGUUGAUCAUCGUAUGGCCCUCUGGUAUUCUUUGUUUAGUUAAUUUCAUUGCUUUUUGUAUGGUGGACUGGAUGGACGGUUCAUCUUUCUUGUGUUAUACAAUAUGAUGCAUACGAUACUAUAGUUGAAGUGGGGUAGUCUUGUAGCGCCAUCAUUGGUGUCGUCUAGUUUUCCAAGUAUUCGUACAUGAUAUGCCCCUCUCGUAUAAUGUAACACUGCUUAUCUAUAUCAGAAAACCUCC